CGGGCGGCGUAGCUCCAGCGGCAAACAACCCACGAGCUCCGGAAUCAACGAAUGAUUCUCGACGAAGCAAUCGGCAUGCUAAAGAACAACGCCCCAGAUCCGGCGAAGCUUCCAGUAGCUUCUACCGGCGGCGUGCGGCGGCGUGAGGCGGCGGAGUACGGCGGCAGACGGCAACCAUGCUCUGAUACCACUGUUGGGAGUCGAUUUCUUUCCAGCUCAGGUCUCCAACCCUUUUGCUAUACUCUCACACACCACCCUAGGCUAGACCACAACACAACUCCAAGCUUCUUCUCUACCACUAAGGUAUUCUCUCUCACACUCUCACACAAAGGAAAUGGAGAAGAAGAAGAAGGGCACUGCUCUCUCUAAGAUUCACGCAGGCUGCUUCAACAAGGGAGAAGCAAAGCUACUAAAUAAUAGGCUGGUAGACACAAGGACACUCACAUGUGAUGCAAAGACAAGGAGGGCAGCACAGGACAGCUCAAAGGGGUCACUCCACAUAAGUCAAAAUGGCCAUAUUAUUGGUUAGGAGAGAUUCAAAUAAAGAGGUGCCAAAGUGGGAGUAAACAUGGGGUGCAAGUCAAUAAUAAAGUGGAAGGGAGGCCUUGGUAGGACCAAUACCUCCAAC